UGUAUGAGGCAAGGAUGGCUUUGUUGCUGCAUUCUCCCUUUCUCCCCUCUCUCUCUCUCCGCUCACAUCUCCACCCGAACCCUAACCCUAACUCUGCUCCCCAUCGUUUCUUCCUAUUCGUUAUUCCCGUCACUUUUAAUGCCGCUUUUCGAUUCUCCGCUCACCAUCGUCUGCUUCCAUCGCCCUCCCCUGCCAUCCCCUGCCGUCAUUCCUUACUAACAACCCCUCUUCAGCUGCCGGGGGCUGCUCUGCGCCUCGCCGUUUCGGUGCUGCUGUUUCUCUGCUUCAGCUUCUGCCUCGGCGGCGUUCGAGCUUGUUCGGCAUCUAUGCCCUCUGUUGCCACCGCUGCUUCCUCCGUUAACGAGGAUCAAACGGUUCAAGAUGAUGGCGAUGAAAGAAAACAGGGUAAUGAAGAAAAUGUGGAACUAGAAGCAGCUUUUAAUACUUGGAAAUCCAAAACAUUUGCAUUGACUGUUCCUUUGAAAGUUGUUGCUCUACGCGGUUCUCUGCCUCCUUCGUGGAUCAAGGACUUCAUAAAUUCUCAAGGAAAGAGAUUAAAGUUUAAUGUGAAGUAUCAUGCCAGUCUUGAUGGUAUCUUUUCUGAGCUAUCAAUUCCUUUUACUAAAGGAAAUCUCGGGCCUGCCUCUGCUUUGGCAGCAGAUAUUGUUGGAAUUGGUGAUUCAUGGCUUAAAGUUGCCAUUAAAAAAGCUAUAAUUGAGCCAAUAAGGGAUGUAGAAGAUCAGGAUUGGUUUAAAGGCUUAGAUGAGAAAUGGAAGGUAUAUCUACGCAGGAACUGUGAGGGAGAAAUGGAUCCUAAAGGUGACAUAUGGGCGGCUCCGUAUAGAUGGGGCUGCAUGGUAAUAGCAUACAAGACAAAUAAAUUUCAAAAGCAUAAGUUGGCUCCUAUAGAGGAUUGGGAAGAUCUGUGGCGGCCUGAUCUUGCAGGGAAAAUUGCAAUGGUUGAUUCUCCUAGAGAAGUUGUUGGUGCAGUUUUGAAGUAUAUGGGGGCUUCCUACAAUGCAAAGAAUAUCAACUUGGAAGUCAAUGGUGGGAGAGAUGCUGUCAAGCUCAAUUUGGCAUUGCUUGCAAAACAGGUCCGAUUGUUUGAUAGUGUAAACUACCUAAAAGCUUUUGGAGUUGGAGACGUGUGGGUAGCUGUUGGAUGGAGUAGUGAUGUUAUCCCUGUUGCUAAGCGCAUGUCUAAUGUUGCAGUUAUUGUUCCAAAGUCUGGAGCAAGUUUAUGGGCGGAUCUCUGGGCAAUUCCUGCUGCCUCCAGGAUUCAAACAAAUCAGAUUGGUGGGCGCAUCAGGGGACCAUCCCCCUUAAUCCAUCAGUGGAUAGAGUUUUGUCUUCAGGCUGCAAGAGCACUGCCUUUUAAGCAGGAGGUAAUCCCAGGUGCCUCUCCCUCUCAAAUUCAAGAUCAUGCAGCCAAUAUGCCUGUGAACAUGGAGUUUACCAAGGGUAGGCCAAGGCUAAACACCAAUCUCAUUGAUGGAGCACCACCUCUGGACAUUAGAAAAAGGUGCGAGUUUCUCGAGCCUUUAUCUGACUCAACACUGUCGGAUUAUCACUGGUUGCUUGCCUCUAUCCAAGAACCUGGCAAUGGGGUGAUUCACAAAAUGUAUCAGUACAUUGCAAUGGUGGCUAAAUCUUCUGGGUGGUUUGGUUCAAAACUGACAUGAAUACGGAGCUGCUAGUUGUGGAAUGGCUAUAGAGGAUAUAUAUCUUAAUGGUGAAUGGUCUGGAAUUUCUAACGCUGGCCAUUUAGUUUGAAGAUCGUGGAAGUCCAUUUUCAGUAUUACCGGCUAAGAGGUUGUGGUCAAGCCACAGGAAUGUUAUAUUUUUCUUGGAUGUACAUCGGGUUCUUUCAAUGUAAUUUUUCUCAAUGUUACUUUUAUAUAUAUACUGUCAAGUGAAAAACUAACACAAUCAUGAGCUGUUGGUUGUUGACCAAGGUUCAUUGAUAGGUGAAUGCAACUAACCAACGUCAAGAACAAGAGCCAUUCUAUAAUUAAACUUGGCUUGGUAAACCAAUAAAAAAAAGGGAGCAUUAUAAUGAAAAAAUUGAAGCGGGCAUUCGGUCAGAUCAUGAUUUUUUUGAGUUUUGCCAUCGGAAGUUUGGGAGGAACAACAAAAAGCGAAAAGUUGCAGGUCUAACUUCUUAACGCCUAGAAACAGAUUCAACCCCUAAUUUAGAAGAGAAUUAAU